AGUACACUCCGAAGCGUGUAGUUGCUGUUUCUUUUUUCCAUCUAUGGUUUUUCUCAGUCUCUUGCAGUGAAUAAUUUCUACACACCUUGAUUAACUGGUGUUAAAGAAGAAUUACCAUGAAUCCAGCUGCCACAGCAACUGAAGUAGAAGAUAUCCAUGAAGAUAGACGAUGGAUUGAUAUUCACCAGCGGUAUGUAGGAGAGGCAAAUGACAAGGAGCCUGAAGUCGUCUUUAUUGGCGAUUCUCUCAUUCAAAGUUUGGAGCAAUCCGAGAUAUGGGAAAAAAAGAUUUCACAGUUUCAUUGCCUAAAUUUUGGCAUUGGUGGUGAUACAACGCAAAAUGUUCUGUGGAGGCUAGAGAAUGGCGAGUUAGACUUCACAACACCCCCAAAGGUGAUCAUUCUCUUGUGUGGUACUAACAAUCAUGGCCACACACCUGAGCAAGUGGUCGCAGGUUUGGAAGCCAUUCUAAGGCUAAUCUCAGAGAAACAGCCCCAGGCUGCGAUCAUCAUUCUAACCAUUCCUCCACGAGGACACAAGCCGAAUCCAGUUAGAGAAAAGAAUGCUCAAAUUAAUUCUCUACUUCAUGGGGUGGUUCCUAAUUUUCCAAAAGCUCAGCUGUUUGACAUAGACAAAGCUGCCAGAUUCGUGCAGUCUGAUGGAACUAUCAAUCACCAUGACAUGUAUGACUACCUACACCUUACAAAAAUUGGCUACUGGAAAGCAUUUGAACCUGUCUAUGAACUUCUUGAGCAGAUUCUUAUAACAGACAAAGUUGAUGAGAAAUAGGAUGCAAGUCUCGUAUCAACCUGGAAUAAUAUGUGUUAACUGAUUUGUGAUGAAAUCUCUUAUAGCUACUCCAAUUUCUCUUCAGUUCGUCCAUGGCCAGCUGUGGGCACACCACAAACAUACUUGCCAAGUAUAGGAAGACAGUUGUUAUCUAUAAUGAUGCCUUCUUUAUUAAUCGUUUUUCGAUGAUACAUAGACGCGGGUACGUAUUCCCAAAUGUCACAAAAUUUUCACAACUAUAAACAAGGUGAGACUGUGUGAUAGUUGGCCUGUAUCGGAAGUACGAUAGACAUACAGCCUCCCUGCCUGCAGCUACUUAUAUAGCAGCGCCAGGUGUGCUGGAUGUUCGUUAGUAAGUAGGUGUGUUCUAACUGGCCCAUGAAUGUUAUAUUCGCUGCCGUGGUAAUGUAUCCAUCACGCAUUUAAUAUUGCAGGACAUCACACUUAAAAUCUCAGUGUUAUAUCAGCAGGACUUUCCCGUGGAUUAAAUGGUCAGGAUUUCUGCCCUAUGCAUAUUUUCGCUAGUGUUGCUCCUAAUUUGAUGCAAACAAAUGGAAUAAUGUGCAUGUCAAUUUACUGCAUUGUUGUAUAUAUUUGCCAUAUUUACUGAAGCGUGCUUCUCUGAUUCUACUCUAUAUUCUUCUAUCGUCCCUAUUCUACAUAAGUGUAGUUAUUCUGGCAGUGUAACAGAAUUAACUGGCCGAGUAAGCUGAAGACAGUACAUGUGGCAACCUAUCGUAACCAGACCCUCCUUUGGAGAGUUAAUCCUAUCCAAACGUAGGAAUGCAAAUAUGGACAUAUAUAUAUAUAUAUAUAUAUAUAUAUAUAUAUAUAUUAGUUCUCAGCUGAAAAUGUGUAAAAAAAAUUCCCCAUAAGUGCAAGUCAUAUUACCUUAUUAAUAUGUAAUAGUUUGCUGACAUUCUGCAUGUAAUUAAUUCCUAUUUAGUAUAAUAUAUCUGCUGUAUAUUGUCGUUAAAUGCAGUUUAAUAAUUCCAUGUCGGUGGCGCAACAUUAAAUCACGAUUCAUGCAGUACCACUGUAUUUAACUAAGUAUUUUCAGCAAUUAUAGGCAGUGUCAACACAAUUCGGGCAUUUGUGGGCUGACGUCGUGUUCUCUCGCGUGUACAAUACUUUGUUAUUUAGUAGUUUGUAUUUGCCGUCGCCAUACACAUGGUGUACUGCUGCCCACCAUAUUAAUGAUUUUGCAACGAAAUCUAUUUAUUAUCUGUCAGCAUCUAAAAUUAAUGAAAAUGCUGGCUUAACAUUCAUUAGUCCUGAGUUCGAUGAUAAUGCUAAUACCGAAAGAUAUAUUUUUUGUACAUUUUUAGUGAUGAUUUUAGUUUUAGUGGUAGAAAGGAUGAUGAUCUUCCUCGUCUACCCUCAGAGUAGUUCAUUAUAAUUAAUUCGUGAAGUAAUUAUCUCUCAUGCAGAAUGAUAUUAAUUAGUGCUUUGUGAUAAUUUGUUCCACUGCACGUGGUAAGAGUGGACAAGCUGUUUGCGUGCUAUUAUCAUGCGUUUGUUUUCGGUUGUAACGUCAGGAUUAUAUUUUUAUGAAGAACCAAACCCUUUAGCCUUCACUGUAAUUUAAAAUGUGCUUAUUUUGCGAUGACGUUUUUGUGUAUAGUAAGUUUGUUUAUGUUGUACGUCUGGAGCAUACAAUGUUAUAGUAAGUAUUGUAUAUGGAUAUUCGUAAAUUAUAAUCAAUGGCUGAAGAUAUAACUGUUCUAAAAUCUAGUAUCAUGUUCAUGUGCUGUAAGCUAAACAGGGAGUUCAUUAUCAUGCCUCCAACUAUAUACACGACAGUUAUUUAUUGCUUGCUGUAAUUUUCCCAACCAAUUAUAAAAUGCUGCUGAGUAUGAAGA